AUGGGAGGUCAAUGCUCUAGCCUCGGUGGGUGUUGUCGGAACUCAUCACACAAGACAGCUGUUCUUGAAGCUCCUGAUGUUGAAAAUGGAGAGAGUAGUGAGAUCAGUGAUGUGCCUGGCUUCCGGGAGUUCACACUAGAACAGCUGAAGACGGCGACUUCAGGUUUUGCAGUGGAGUACAUUGUGUCUGAGCAUGGAGAAAAAGCUCCAAAUGUCGUUUACAAAGGGAAAUUGGAGAAUCAAAAGAAGAUUGCAGUCAAGCGUUUCACAAGAAUGGCGUGGCCUGAUGCACGGCAAUUCCUGGAGGAAGCAAGGUCGGUUGGUCAGCUGCGGAGUGAGAGAAUGGCCAAUUUACUCGGCUGUUGCUGCGAAGGUGACGAAAGGUUGCUUGUCGCUGAGUUUAUGCCCAAUGAAACAUUAGCCAAACACCUUUUCCAUUGGGAAACACAACCUAUGAAAUGGACAAUGAGGCUACGUGUUGUCUUAUAUCUAGCGCAAGCUCUUGAGUACUGCAACAGCAAAGGCCGUAUUCUUUACCACGACCUCAAUGCUUACCGUGUUUUAUUUGAUGAGGAAUGCAAUCCAAGACUUUCUACUUUCGGCUUGAUGAAGAACAGCCGGGACGGAAAAAGUUACAGCACUAAUCUUGCUUUUACCCCUCCUGAAUAUCUACGAACUGGAAGGAUUACUCCAGAGAGUGUGAUAUACAGCUUUGGCACUCUUCUGCUUGAUCUUCUCAGUGGAAAGCAUAUACCUCCUAGCCAUGCGCUUGAUCUGAUUAGGGACAGAAAUCUCCAGACGUUAACUGAUUCUUGCCUAGAUGGGCAAUUCUCUGACAGCGAUGGCACGGAGCUAGUACGCUUAGCGUCUCGUUGUCUGCAGUAUGAAGCUCGUGAGAGGCCAAACCCAAAAUCUUUGGUCACUGCCCUGACGCCUCUUCAGAAGGACACAGAGGUCCCAUCCCAUGUUCUAAUGGGUCUGCCUCACAGUGGUUUGGUGUCUCCUCUGUCCCCUCUUGGCGAGGCUUGUUCAAGAAGGGACCUGACCGCCAUGCUUGAGAUCUUGGAUAAACUUGGAUACAAAGACGAUGAGGGUGUCACCAAUGAGCUCUCAUUUCAAAUGUGGACAGACCAGAUGCAAGAGUCUUUGAACUCGAAGAAGAAGGGUGAUGUCGCUUUCAGGCAAAAAGACUUUAGAGAGGCCAUUGAGUGUUACACUCAGUUUAUAGAUGGAGGAAUGGUUUCACCAACAGUGUGUGCACGGCGUAGUCUGUGUUACCUAAUGAGUGACAUGCCGAAAGAAGCUUUAGAUGAUGCAAUCCAAGCUCAAGUAAUCUCUCCCGUGUGGCACGUGGCGUCUUAUCUCCAGUCUGCUUCACUGGCUUUCCUAGGAAUGGAGAACGAAUCUCAUAUCGCACUCAAAGAGGGCUCAAACCUUGAAGCUAAGAGGAAUUCAGCUUUCCAAGUGAAGCUAAAGAAACACGCUUCAGAAACAUGGCAUCACACACGAAGCGUCACCGUCGUUGACCAGUUCCUCGGUACAUCCGCCGGCGAAGCUCUCCGACCACCACCAUCUUGA